UUUGUUCCCGAGGUGCUUUGCGUGGCGAGGCGCUGGUCUCCACAAGCAAAAAUGACGGAUUUCGAUGAGCCGAUCGCUGACGAGGAGAAGGUCCGCAUAGCGUCCAACUUCGUAACCCACGCUCCACCUGGAGAGUUCAACGAAGUCUUCAACGAUGUGCGGAUUCUCCUCAACAAUGACAAUCUCCUCAGAGAGGGGGCAGCCGAUGCCUUCGCCCAGUACAACAUGGAUCAGUUCACUCCUACCAAGCUGCCCAACUCUGAAGAGAUGGUGCUGAUCACGGAGCAUGGUGACCUGGGUAACGGGCGUUUUCUAGACCCGCGCGGCCAGCUGUCGUUCCGCUUCGACCACCUGAGGAAGGAGGCCAGCGACCCCCAGCCCUGCGAGGUGGGGGGGGACAUGGGGGGCUGGAGGGACGCCUGCGACACAGCACUGCAGGCCUACGUGAAGGAGCACUACCCGAGUGGUGUGUGUACAGUCUACGCCAAGACGAUGGACGGGCAGCAGACGAUUAUUGCAUGCAUCGAGGGACACCAGUUCCAGCCCAAGAACUUCUGGAAUGGGCGUUGCAGGUCGGAGUGGAAGAUGAGCAUCAGCCAAUCACAAGCCACAGUUGCCGGCGUCAUCAAGAUCCAGGUCCACUACUAUGAGGAUGGCAAUGUGCAGCUGGUCAGCCAUAAGGAAGUGGCCAAGGACAUCAACGUGACUAAUGAGUCGGACACGGCGAACGCAUUUGUAAAAAUCAUUAUGGAGUCAGAGACAGAUUAUCAGAGAGCUAUAGGUGAGAACUACCAGACGAUGUCUGACACCACCUUCAAGGCCCUGCGCCGCCAGCUGCCCGUCACGCGCACCAAGAUCGACUGGAACAAGAUCCUCAGCUACAAGAUCGGGAAGGAGAUGCAGAACGCCUAGAACACACUCACACACACAGCCUUCUAGAACCCUUACAACAACACACACACACACACACACACACACACACACACACACACACACACACACACACACACACACACACACACACACACACCAAUGGACCCUCUCUCCCUCCUCCACCCCCCACACACACACCACCUUUUCAUGGAGUGCUGUAAAUGCACACGAACACACACACACA